AUGGGCGGAAAGCCGUCGAGCAGUGCGGAGGAGGCGCCGCAGUUUGACCCCGCGGCCGCUGAGAAGCUCUGCAAGGAGGCGUACGCCGCGGGUGCGUUCGACGCCUCGAUGCACUACCAGGCGCUCCUCGACUCACAGUGGCGCUUCGACGCUGCUGCGACUGCGGGCGGGUGCGCUGCGACGCUGCUGCUGUCCUACAUGUACUUCAGCACACGCAUGGCACAGGCAGUGCAACACCUCGAAGCUGAACGGGCGCUCGUGGCGCGCCUGCAGCACGAGAGCGGCGAGAUGUCAGCACAAUGGGACAGACUCGUGGAGGCGAAUACGCGGCAGUUAGAUCUGCUGCAACGCCACGAAGCGGCGCUGCGAACCGCGCGCCGGCGGCAGGCGGAGUUGCGGCACGUGGUUGCCAAGCUGCGGCGCCGCGGCAAGUGUCUCGCGUGCGAAGUGAACGCACUGAAGUCAUCCAUCGCGCAGCUGCGGCAGCACGUCACUGUUGUGUGUUGCGGCGGG